AUGGCAAGUACAGUGCCGAAAAUGAAGACUGGCGGUUGGCAACGCGUGGUGGCGUGGUGCGCCGCAGUAGCCUGCUGCCUGUGGCUGGUGAGCAUCUUCUUCUCUCCCGGCCGCCCCGCGGACACCACGGCCUCCGCCCGGGAACUCGGUGACGCCUCCAGUGGUGCAUCGGCCCAGCCGCUCCUACAGAGCACCUACGCCGCUGCCGCCGACGGCGACGCCGCCCACGCGGCCAUCCUGCAGCGCUUCCUGCAGCUGUACGGCUCGGCGCUGCCGCGCGUGUCGGAAAUUGCGGUGGCCACAGGCCCUCAGCAGUCUCAGCUGGGUGGCGACGACGGUGCAGCAGACGAAGGAUCAGAAAACUCUGACGACACUCAGCAAACUGCACAAUUCGGAAGGUCAGAUCUACCAGUAGCUACUCCCUUCCGUCAAACCGAUCAAGAGGGAGCUGGAGAGGGAGGUCCAGCUGAUGUACAAGCACCAGAAGCAAACGAACUCCGUUCUGGUAUACUCGAUAGCAACGCAGCUGCUGCCGUUCUUGGAGAAGAGCAGACGCACGAGAGGACAGCUCCUUCCAGAGUUUCACUGGAACUGACGAACCAGGCCCGAAAUAAUUACACUGCUAUUGAUUCCCAAGUGGGACGGGACUCCACUGGGGGAACGAAACCAGUGAUACAAGCGGUGAAUAGUGGCGUACCAGGGGUAAAGUAUGACUACCCAGCUGAGUGGUGGCCUUUACAGCCAGGACCGCAGCUGCCAGGUAACAUGGAGCCAGUCCAGAGUUCUCCCCAAGGUGCACCCACGGGCUACAAACAACCGUCGAACGAUGUCAGUGCGAAUGUAGACCCUAGAUGGCGAGACAGUGGAACUUUCGAAGCCUACGGUCAUUCUCCUACACAACGGCAAAGACUUCAGCACAGGACAAUACAGGUCCAGUCACCGCUGAGACCUGUUAAUAUCCCUGAAGAUAUGAUGUGGAGGUAUCCUCAAGAAUAUCCACCAGUCACCAAAAGUAAAAAUCCAGAGGUUUCGUUUCACACAAGGGAAGAAAUGCAACAACCAGUUUUAUACUAUUCAAGAUCUCCAGAGCAGUUUAACCAAAAUGGAGACUACCGAAAUUCACCUGCUAUGGCUAGCAAUAAUAUUAAUUAUCGAAGCAAAUUUGCGGCUUGGGACCCAGACUCCUACGAGGGCACAGGCAGGCACGCACAACGCUACAACGCUCUAGAAACGCCUGAGGUCGGAGGUCAGAAACUGUUUGGCCGCAGGUACUUAAGCGUCAGUGAGACAAUGUCGCACGAGCCUACAGAUACCUAUGACGAAAAUACUGGAACAAUACAAAAGGGAAGUGAUGCCACAGAGAAAAAGUCCUCAUCACAAAAUGCAGCACAGUCAAAUGAGGGCAACAACGUUCUACAUGUCACUUCUAGGAGUUUGACUAACGAGGGUUCUCGUAAUGGCAACAAUUAUGAAGUGAAAAAAGACGAACAAGUCUUUAUUCAGGAUUUAGAAGUAACGUCAGCUGACAGCCUCCAUAAGCUAGGUAAGACGGAAGGGAAGGUACUGGAUAAGAAUCCGAAUCACGUAGAAGAAAGACAAUCAGUGAUAAAAGAACAAGACGAAAGGAAAUCUGCAGGAGAAAGUGUGAAAUUACAAGAACAUUCAACUCAGUAUAAAGAAGCAAAAAAUGUCGCGAAGGUGAAGAGCGAGAAUGUCAUUCAGAAGAAAGCUGGUGUAAUUAGGGAGAAGAACGAGGGGCUGAAAGAGAAGUUGGAGUGCCCUGACGGCGACCUGGUGAGUGUACAGGACGGAGGCCGGCUCGGUAACAAGCUGUGGGAGUACGCGGCAGUCUGGGCCCUCCCCAGGGUCCUGCCGGAGCUCAACAAGACGGCGGUGGUGCCGCGGUCGCUGCUGCGGGCGCUCUCCAAAGUGUUCCACAACCUGUCGCUGCCCGCGCUCGAGGACCUACCGGAGGACUGCCCCGCCAGACGUCGCCUGGAGGCGUCAGAGCCGGUGAAGCGCUGGCGCCUGGAGCCGCUGUCGCGCGCGCUGCCGGCCUUCGCGGGGCGGCCGCUACUGCUGCACCGCUGGAUCGUGCUGGCGGAGCCGGUGCUGGCGCGCCUCGACGAGCUGCGGGCCAGCGACUUCCGGCUGCGCCCGGACCUGGAGGCAGGUGCCCAGCGGGCGCUCUGGGCCCUGCGCAGGCGCAGCGGCGUCCCGGACCGCGCGCGCGUCACCUUCGUGGGCGUCCACGUGCGCCGCACCGACUUCUCCUCCUGGCUGCCGCGCGUCUACAACCGCUCGCUGGCCGACGAGUCCUACUUCUCGGCGGGCAUGGCGCUGUGCCGCGCCAGGGCACGGCUGUGGAAGGGCGGCCGCGCGCUGUUCGCCGUGGCCAGCGACGACCCCGCCUGGUGCGAGCGCCACCUGGCGGACGGCGGCGCCAGCCGCGACGUGCUGGUGGCGCGCGGGGGUUCCCCGGAGCAGGACCUGGCGCUGCUCGCCGCCUGCAACCAGUCGCUGCUCGACUACGGCACCUUCGGCCAAUGGGCGGCGCUCCUGGCUGGCGGGCCGGCCGUCUCGCUGAGGCUCGACCCGCACGUCGACGAGCACCUGGCGCGCAUGCCGGGGUGGACGCUCGCAUGAUGACUGUGGUUCCAUCUGCCAUAGAUCACAACUCG